UAAUAAUAUUUACUUUUACACUUCAAGUUACUUCGUUUUUAGGGUUUUGCCGGAAGAGGGUGUACGAAGAAAAUGUGCGCCUGACUAAUAGAAUAGAUUCAUUGGACACAUGAAGGCAGAAAGAAGUUUGAGAGUUGCAUAUACUAGACAGAGAAAGUGGGAGAAGAAAUAAGAGUUUGUUAACAGUUUCUCUUUUCAGAUUUUGCGCCCCACCUUUUCAAAUCUCAAGCCAGUCGGAGAGUCAGGAAUUGUGACGUCACCUCUGAAUGUCAGCGUCGUUUGCAACCGACUUCAGUACGUUUGCCAUCGCUAUUCACCACAGAAAACUUCGUUGCUUCCACGUAAAACCUCAUCGUAAGCACACCCCAAUACAGUUCACUUCUUUAUUGUAGACGGCCGCCGGUAGUACAUUUCUGCUGUUGUGUAUAGAAGACCCUAAGGUUUCAGUGUUCAACACGUCGCAGAUAAAGCAAUGAUUCUUCGUAGAAACACUAGACGACUUAUAAAGUUCAUAUGUACUAUUGCCCUAGUACUGUUAAUGGGAACGUUCGUGUUGAAAACCUUGCUGGUUUCCCACCCUCUUAGAGGUCCAAAUGGAGAAGUUUUGAGUGGUAGAGGUGUAAUGGCACGACAACCAGAAGACCUUAAAAUAAUAAAGAAGGAAAACAAGCCGCUAAAAAUAGACUGGCAUAAUUACACCCAGAUUGCUGAAGAUGUCAAAAGAAAAGGACCAGGAGAACAAGGGACAGCAUUUUAUUUGCCACCUGGCGUGGAACAAAAGAAGGAUCAAUUGUAUAAAGUCAACGGAUUUAACGCUUUGGUCAGUGAUUACAUUGCCCUCAACCGCUCUUUGCCAGACAUUCGGCACCCAGGGUGUAAAAGUAAGCUAUAUCUGUCCAAACUGCCAACAGCUAGUGUUGUUGUUCCUUUUCAUAAUGAACACUGGACAACUUUGUUGCGUACUGCCACUAGUGUACUGAAUCGAUCACCACCUGGCCUAGUCAAAGAAGUUAUAUUAGUUGAUGAUUUUAGCAGCAAAGAGGAACUUAAGGGAGCUCUUGAAGAUUAUAUCAAAAGACAUUUCAGUAACGUUCGAGUUAUUCGAGCAAAAAAACGAGAAGGUUUGAUUCGAGCUCGACUAAUGGGUGCUCGUGAAGCAACAGGGGAUGUAGUCAUAUUUUUGGACUCCCACACAGAAGCUAAUGUUAACUGGUUACCUCCUCUCUUAGAACCCAUAGCUGAGGAUCAUCGUACUGUGGUUUGUCCUUUUAUUGAUGUCUUAGAUUACGAAACAUUUGCCUAUAGGGCUCAAGAUGAAGGUGCUCGGGGCUCUUUUGAUUGGGAACUUUAUUAUAAACGUUUACCAUUAUUGCCAGAAGAUCUACAACAUCCAACUGAACCUUUCAGAAGUCCUGUUAUGGCAGGAGGAUUAUUUGCCAUUGACAGAGAAUUUUUUGGGGAAUUAGGAGGCUAUGAUGAGGGACUAGAUGUUUGGGGUGGUGAGCAGUAUGAGUUGUCUUUUAAGAUAUGGCAGUGUGGAGGGCAAAUGGUGGAUGCUCCAUGUUCACGAAUUGGUCACAUUUAUCGAAAGUUUGCUCCUUUCCCAAAUCCAGGCAUAGGAGAUUUUGUUGGUAGGAAUUAUAAGCGUGUAGCUGAAGUCUGGAUGGAUGAAUAUAAAGAAUACCUUUAUAAACGGAGACCCCACUACCGUAACCUUGAUCCAGGGAAUAUUUCAAAACAGAGAGCUCUGAGGGAAACUCUAAAAUGUAAACCUUUCAAAUGGUUCAUGGAAAAUGUUGCCUUUGACCAACCUAAGAAGUACCCCCCUGUUGAACCACCAGAUUAUGCAAAAGGAGAAAUUCGCAAUGUUGGUAGGAAUUUGUGCAUUGAUACCCGAUUUCGAGGUCAAAAUGAAAGAUUUAAUCUGGAAAAAUGUAUAAAAGAUAAUGAUAACCAAGGUGGAGAACAGCAGUUUGUUUUAACUUGGCAUAAAGACAUCCGUCCAGCCAAAAGAAGUGUCUGUUUUGAUGUAUCUAGCUCAGAAACCCAUGCACCUGUUGUUCUGUGGAGUUGCCAUGGCAUGCAGGGAAACCAGCUAUGGAAGUAUGAUUUGAACAACCAACACCUGCUUCAUCCUAUAACUGGAAAUUGUCUGGAUUGUGAUAGUGAACGUCAGGAGCUUUUCAUGAGCCCUUGUGACCCAACCAGCCAGAAUCAAAAAUGGAAAUUUGAAGUUGUUAAUGCUUCUGCAUUAGCAAGCUGGUGAAAUAGGUCAUGCAUAAGAGGAACUAAGGUUAUUAAUAACUAGAAAGAGCUUCAGUUUGUCUUGUGGCAAACAUUGUGGUAAUAUGUUUACUAUAAAAUUUAAGGUCUGGCAAGGUCUUACUGUCCUUUGUUUUAUCUUAACCUUUGCCACUUUUUGGUCAUAGGGCAGAGCUUGAAGUGUAAUUUUGAGUGAUUUACUUUUAUGUAAUAUUUUCCAGAUACAAUGCUAAUUGAAUAGAGAUAUGAUAAUAGAAGGUAUGGUUAAAGAAAUAUAUAUUAAACUGUGAAUACAUUCCAUGUAAUUGUUAUCAUCAUUUUCAAUACUGAUGAUCAUUCCUCUGGUAAUGAUUAUAUGUCUUUAUAUUUGAAGACUUGUUUAAUUUAAAUACAUAGUGUGGCUCAUGCAGAAUAUUUGCUAGACUGUUUGGUAAUUGAAAAAAUAGUUUGUUUCUUUUUUCAAUAAAGAAGAAUUAUUUUUAAAGAUUUUUGCAACUUAAUAAACUGUUUACAUACAGUGCUUACAUUAGAUGCUUCUGCCCAUUAUACUGAAUGUAAACAUACAUACAUACAUAAAUACUGUUUCAUAAAUUUUAUUAAUAACUUUCCAUUUUGAAAAUAACCUGUGUUGCAGAAUAUUAACAACAACAGAAUAUUAACAGAAUUAAUUUUUAAAUCAUUCAAGUCAUACAUAAAAAUGUAAGUAGCUCGCAUUUUGAAAUUAGCACAGUGGAGAAAUAACCAUUCUAUUAGGCCAUGCUGAACUUAGGUAUUAUUCUUUAAAAUUAUAUAGAUCUUAUCUGCUUGUUAUAACUGCUUCUGCCUGUUGUUAGCAAGGAUUAACUUCCAAGAUUUGCUUUAUAAAAGUAACUUGUUCUUACAGCCUUAAGGAAAAUUUAGUACUUGUUUUGUUUAUUGUGUUAUACCAGUGGAGUUUUGGUGAAAAGAAAAAUCUUUCAAAAUAUUUUCCACUUGUGUAGAUUCAUAACAAACUUUGGCUGAACUAAUUGAUGUUUCUGACAGAGUUAAACAUUAGUCAGUUCUUAAAAUGUGUUUAGUGAUAAUAAGUUGGUGAAUCUUAAACAUUCUAUUUUCUGUUGCAUUUUAGAUCUUUAAUAUUCUUAAGUAUAAUAGGACGUUUGUGUUUAUUAACUGAUGUUUGUAUUUGUUUAUGAUUUCUGGUUUGCUAUAACUUUUGUGAUCUUUAGAAAAAGGGACAGUUUUAUGUGUUAAGACAGAUUAAGUUGAUUUAAACAUAUACUUGACUCUGCUUGUGAAUUCUGUAGCUCCUUAGAUGCAGCUACAUUUAUAUAUAUGGAUUCAGAGAAAGACAUUACUUCAUAGAAUGAAUAUACACAGACAUAAUUGCUAUAUAGAGCAUUAUAACCACAUCAUUAUAAAUCAGUAUUAAUAUUUCUAUGAUAUAAAACAAAGUUUCUUCAGGUUACUAACUUAUUUGUUUAUAAAAGUAUUCCAAAAUUCGUAUUAUUUUCUUUUUCUUAGAAUAUAAAUUUAAGAACUUCACAAUUCACUUGUAUUUUAAAUGUUAAGCCUAAUCCGAGGACAGUGUAAGGAUAACAUUGAUCCAGUGCUACUUGAUUGGGUGCAUAGCUGUUAAGCAUUUUUUGUGCCCCUUGAUGCUAAUCUAAAAUUCUAAAGUUUGAAUUCAUCACAUAUUUUCCAAUUACUUUAAUUAAUUCUUGUGCCAAUCCUUCAACAGUUUGUGGACAGCAUUAUUUGAUUGUUAAAUUUGGUUUCUUUUGGUAUUCCAGCCACCAAGCUUAAGAUAUUUUAUUACUGUAUCUAAUCAUUCUAUGGAUAACUUUUAACUGAUGGUUAAAAAUUAUUUAUUUAUAUAAUCUACCCACCAAGAGCAUAUAUUGUUGCUGUCUGGAGUUAUCUUUUUAUUUUAUUUUUCAAUUAAACAGAAAUCAAACUAUAUUGCUGAAUAUAUACUCAUAUAAAUGACUGAUUGACCUUUCUCUUAUGGCAUGUAGCAAUUUUCAACAUUGUGCUUAUUGUGGAUGACAUGUUUGCGUAUGGAGUAUCACUGUUGUUAUUCUGGAUGAAAAAUAACCAAUGAUAGAUGUGUACUAAUUAUUAAUGUUUGAAAUAAUCACAAAAUUGUAAAUAGUUAGUUUUUAGACUUCAUGAAUAAAAAUGUUUGUUGAUUAAAAAUAAUAAUUUUUUUUACAAUUUUCAGUCUUAUUACUAGUAUUGCUCAUAUAUCAACACAAUUUCCAAGUGCUGUUGGAAUUAAAUUAUCUCUAAAGAAAGAACCAACAUAAAGAAGAAUUACCUUCUGUCAUUGGGUAUGGUUAUUUUUCUUUCAGCUAUUAGAAACAGAUAGUCCCAUGGUUGUUUUGUUUUGGUGUGAUAGACAGUGAAUGCUUAAGACUGUUUCAGAUGCUCACGAAUUUUAUAUGUUUACAAUAUUUGUCAUAAUAAUUGCUGUCUAUAAUUAUUUUUUUUCAUUUACAAUAAAUUAAAUAUCAAGAAAUAUUGUUUAAAUUUUAUAAUAAACAAAUUGGUACAAGACAAACGAUUGUAUAUUUCUUCAACAUUGUGCUUAUUAUAGAUAACAUGUAAUAAGUUUUUGAAGUAAAAAUAUUACAUUGGUUCA